UGCGGGGCCUGUGGGGCCUGCGGGCGGUGCGGCCAUGGCCUCCCCGGCCGGCGGCCCGCACCUCUACCGCUGGAAGCGGCUGGUCACUGCGGACCGCGCCAAGCCCAGGUUUGAUAACGACACUGUGGCUCACUGGAUCAAGAAAGUGGAACAGGCCUCACAGUUUGCUGUUUCAGAAGCCUUUGCUCUGAAAGACUCCAGGUUUCCCCAGAGACCCCCGAGCUUUGUGGCAGACCUGGAAACAUCGGAGCAAUUGCAGGACCAGGAUGGCACCUACGCCGAAGCCCAGAAGCUGCUUCACGAUUGGCUGGAUUCCAAGCUGACCCCAGAACUGAUGAGAGACUCCGGGGCCGUUGGGGACUCAGCGCUGUGUCCAGGUCUGCCGCCCGAGACUGCUAGCUUGCUCCGGUUUGACACGUUCGAAGAGUCUUAUGAUUAUUUGGAGAACGGAGAAGAAAGUACUACAAUUCCACAGUUCAUUCAGCACCUCUUGCACAAAGAAGUGGCAAAUUCUGGAAUAUUGGGAGAUCUUGACCUGACUGACCACCAAAAAAAGCAGAAGCAGAAGGACCCUCGCCUCAGCAUGGAGUUAAGGCAUCAGCAGGUGAAAGAAAAUCGCCUCAGGCGACAAAAGGAGCUCGAGCAACAGAGAGUCGAGGCGGCCCUGAGGAAGGCGGCCCUGGCCGAGGCCCAGGCCCUGGUGCAGGCAGAGCAGAGGAGGCGGGCCCUGGUGGCCAAGCAGGAGGAGGAGGAGGUCCAGCGGGAGAUGGUCAAGCUCAGGAGAGAGCUGGCAGCCCGGAGGCACACUGUGGAGGAGGCAUGGAAAGCGAAGAGGGAACGGCUCCAGAGGGAGAAAGAGCAGGUGGCGACCGAAAAGCCCAUGGACCAAAAUGUGCCAGGUGGUCUACGACAACCAAAAGAAGAGGGAGAAAAAGAGAGUGGGGGAGAAACGCUGGAGCCACUGGUGGCAAAGGGUGUCAGGGAUCACCAGGAAACUUCCUCUCAGCAUCAGUCAGGAGCGCCCAGAAUGCAGCUAGAAGAUCUCGAAGAUCUGCAAGAGUCUAGAAGGCCUCAGGACCCGGCAUGGUCAACGAAUGCAGACAGAAAGCCCCUGCGGCAGCAUUUCUCCGCCUGGUUCCAGCUGGUCCGGGACCGCAGGAUCCAGAUGGGCAAAGCUGGGGCCCUGGCGGAUUGGCGGUGCCGACUGCGGGCCCUGCGGGCCUGGAGAGACUACGCCUGGGCCCAGAGGCUGCAGAGGGAGACGCGCAACUUGGAGAAUCUCCUCCGAGAACAGAACAGGAAGCAGCAGCUGGCCGUCGCCAGUCACCGCAACAGCGUCCUUCGCCGCUGCUUCACCGCAUGGCAGUGCUGGAGUCGGGCAGAGGUAGGGAAACGGGAGCUGGAGCUGAGGAAGGAGGAGACCAGAAGGAAGAUGGCGGGAUUUCUGGAAGCGCUGUCACUUGGGCUGCUCAGCUCCGGCGGGUCACAGGGCGUCAAUGGAGCCCGCGAGGGCACGGUUCACCGGGACCUCCAUGCGAAGCAGGGACAAGGUACUGGUGGACCCCUCCCCAUGCACGAGCCCGAAGCUGCAGGAGCCUGCCUGGACAGUCCGGCCUGGGGCCCUGAAGGCCAGAUCCACAGUCCCGAGCCUCACCGAGGCCCCACGCAAACCUGGCCAACCUCUCCUCCGGCCACUCCCCUGUGCUCACCAGGCCUCACUCUAGUCCAGAGCCAGGAGGAGGCCCUGCAGCUGGCAGCCAGCCACGAUGACCAUGGCCACCCCAGCGGUCAGCUCAGGCAUCCAAGCCCCAAUCUUGGGCCCGGGUGCCAUCCUGAAACCCGGGAGAAAGCCAGGCUGUGGGCCACUGCAGUUCCGGUGGCCCCGAAGCGCCCCGGGCCGAACCCUGGGGCAGGCAGGCCAAUGAGAGGGUCCCAGCAGGUGACCGAACACGCCAACUCACUGAGUUCCACCACCCCUUCCUUGGAGCGAGAAGGCGUGAGGCAAGACCCCCACAGCUCUUUCGCCAGGUCCAGAGGAAGUCUGAGGCGGCCUGCUUGCCCCCACCCCAUCCUAAAAGCUAUGGAGGAGAGAGCAGUUCAGCGGGCAGAACGGAGAAGGGAGUUGGAAGACCGGAAGAGAAAGCAGGAAGAGGAGAACUUGGCCCUUGCAAAGGCCCGAGAGGAAGAGCGGCGAAGGCAAGAAAUAGAAGAGAAGCGGAUCCAGCGGGAAGAGAAGAGAUUGCUGAAACUGAAGGAACUGGAGAAGCAGCGCAGACUGGAGCAGAGUCAGCGGCUCCAGGCGAAGGCCAAGCAACAUUACAACAAGACCCUGAUACGGACAUGGGGGCUAGAUCCGUGGAAGGCCCUGAUGUUGAAGAGCAAGGAGAACAUGGAGGCUGCCCAGGCACAUUGGCGGAGGGCCCGCCAGCGGAGCUGCCUGAAUACCUGGCACAGGCACGUUCAGCUCAGCAGAGCCCAGUUGACAGCCCAGGCAGAUGAACUCCAUUCCCGAGUGCUGCUCAGGAAGACCUUCAACAGCUGGGUCCAGUACCAGCGGAACUGUGCCGCCCUGGCUGCCACAGCCAGCCAGCUGCAGGCAGCCUUCCUCCAGAAGAAGGUCCUUGGGGCCUGGUCGGCGCUGGUCCGGGACGGGCACCAGGCUGCAGCCCUGCACAGUGACUGGAGGAUACUUCAGACUGCGUUCCGGCGAUGGCGGCGGCUCCCAGAGUUCAUGCAGGAGGAGAGAUUACGGGAGGAGAGGCGGGAGCAGCUCCGUAGGAGAGUGGCAGAAAUCCUUCCCGACUUCAGAGCCUGAUGGGCAGAUUCUGGGCUGGAGAUGUGGGACAGCCUUCUGUACUUUCUGCUGGUGAAGCUGAGGAGGUGUGCAGACCUGGGGGUCCCGACAGGGAACCCUGAAGGAUGAUGGUCCCUGACUCUCAGCCAUUCACCUGGGGUACCUGAGCUACCAAGGGAUGGCUACCCAGCCCACGGUCCAAGCUGUAGUUUUGGGGACGGGGGAAGGUGGGUAUAAUACAAACAGCAAGCUUUUAACUGCGGGCUGCCGCCUAGCUUGGGGUGGCUUGAGUGACGCUCCCGACCCACAGGGAACUCUGACACCAAGCGAAGCCUGCAGAAUAAGCAAAUAAAUAACCUAAGCUGUC